GGAUCCAGCCUGGCCCCUGUUGCCCUUGAAGAAGAGGUCACAGCCAUGGUCGCUGCUGAGGGUGGGACCUAGAGCCAGGGCGGGGUCACAGGCACCCCUUCACUCAUGGCUUCAUGCCAUGAACAAAACUGUGCUCAGUCUCACUGCACGCGGGAGGCUGUCCCGCAUGGACCGCAGACAAGGUUGUAACGCAAGCCUGACUUCCGAGGUGCUCACAGCCCAGCCCCACCCUGCCCCUCGCUUUGCACAUUCGCUGACUCCCGGGCACACAUCAGGCUUCAAUGCCACUUGACUUGAAGCUGACAAUUUAGCCAGGAGGUAAGGUGCACAGACGACGAGUGAAGGGCCGACCGCUCAAGCCAGAGCAGGAGGCCGCUCAAAUCGAGAUGGUCCUGACCGAGUCCAGACGCCGGUCUUGCCAGUGUUAUGAGGUUCCCAGUUUCUGCCGUAGCUGUUGGCCACGGCGUGGGAAGCAGCUCUGGGGGAGCUCGGAGCUCCCAUCACGGCUUCUGGGGGGGCAGCUGCCGCUGGGUGCAGAACGAGGCCAGGUCCCCUAGCGGGAGCUCCAGGGGGACAGGCAGGUGCGCCAGGGCCCGAGGACCUGUGACCCUCCUGCCUCCGGGAUCGGUGCCCUCUCCAGCCCUAGAGCUGGCGCCCAGGGAGAGCCCGGUGGCACUUCAGGAACGCGGGGCAGCUCUGCGUGGGACCAAUGCCCCUGGCCCUGGGAGCCGACAUGCAGGGGCCUGAGGCCUGGCUGCUGCUGCUGCUGCUCCUGGCGUCACUUGCAGUGCCUCCCCUGCCCUCACUGAAUCCUGGUCCAGCGCUAGAAGAGGGCCAGGGCCUGACACUGGCCGCCUCCUGCACAGCUGAGGGCAGCCCAGCUCCCAACGUGACCUGGGACACAGAGGUCAAGGGCACGAUGUCCAGCCGCACCUUCGAGCACUCCCGCUCGGCGGCUGUCACUUCAGAGUUCCGCCUGGUGCCCAGCCGCAGCAUGAAUGGGCGGCCCCUCACCUGCGUGGUCUCCCACCCGGGCCUGCUCCAGGACCAGAGGAUCACCCACAUCCUGCAGGUGGCCUGUGAGUACUGGGUCUUGGGUGGGGCCCCGUGGGCUUUGAGGGUGAGAUCCUGAGAGCCUGAGCCCCACCGUCAGGCCAGCCGGGUCCUGUGGCCACAACAUGUGGCUGAGAGAGCACCAGUCCGAGAGGUGAGGCCUAGGGGGAGCCCACCCAGAUGACCUUCGGCCUCUGACCUAAAAGGCUGGUUGGGAGAAUCACAGGUGAACUAGGAAUUGAAAGCACUUGGCGGGGUGUCCAGGCCGGGAUGGGAGCUGCUGCCAGCUGCCGCUCUCCCUUCGGCUGCCGUUUCUUCCUCUGCAGAAGGA